ACGUUCUACUACGCUUUGGAAACCCUAGCUUUAUCCUCCAGUCCUCCUCCCCAUUUCGAAUUUCGAAAUCCUAGAUUUCUCCGAUAUCUAAAGAUGCGUGAGAUUCUUCACAUCCAGGGUGGCCAAUGCGGUAACCAGAUCGGUGCCAAGUUUUGGGAAGUCGUCUGCGCCGAGCAUGGCAUCGAUCCGACCGGUCGCUACCAAGGUGACUCCGAUCUGCAACUCGAGCGUAUCAAUGUUUACUACAACGAGGCUACUCAUGGGAGAUUCGUUCCUCGUGCUGUCCUCAUGGACUUGGAGCCUGGCACCAUGGACAGCAUCAGAUCUGGUCCUUACGGUCAGAUCUUCCGUCCCGACAACUUCGUCUUUGGCCAGUCUGGUGCUGGUAACAACUGGGCCAAGGGGCACUACACUGAGGGAGCCGAGCUUAUCGAUUCUGUCCUCGAUGUUGUCCGUAAAGAGGCGGAGAACUGUGACUGCCUGCAAGGGUUUCAGGUUUGCCACUCCUUGGGAGGUGGAACUGGUUCUGGGAUGGGAACACUGUUGAUCUCAAAGAUCCGGGAAGAAUACCCAGAUCGGAUGAUGCUGACUUUCUCUGUAUUCCCGUCUCCUAAGGUUUCUGAUACCGUCGUUGAGCCCUAUAACGCCACUUUGUCUGUUCACCAGCUUGUUGAAAACGCAGAUGAGUGCAUGGUUCUGGACAAUGAGGCCUUGUAUGAUAUUUGCUUCAGGACCCUUAAACUUACUACUCCCAGCUUUGGUGACUUGAACCACUUGAUAUCUGCCACGAUGUCUGGAGUGACUUGCUGUCUGAGAUUCCCUGGUCAACUCAACUCUGACCUCCGGAAACUGGCCGUGAAUCUCAUCCCCUUCCCUCGUCUUCACUUCUUCAUGGUGGGUUUCGCUCCUCUCACCUCACGUGGCUCUCAGCAAUACCGAGCCCUCACAGUUCCAGAGCUCACCCAGCAAAUGUGGGAUGCGAAGAACAUGAUGUGUGCAGCCGACCCACGACAUGGCCGCUACCUUACAGCCUCAGCCAUGUUCCGCGGCAAGAUGAGUACGAAAGAGGUGGAUGAACAGAUGCUGAACGUGCAGAACAAGAACUCGUCCUACUUCGUUGAAUGGAUCCCCAACAACGUGAAAUCAACUGUCUGUGACAUCCCACCCACCGGCUUGAAGAUGGCUUCGACAUUCAUCGGGAACUCAACCUCCAUCCAAGAGAUGUUCAGACGGGUGAGCGAGCAGUUCACGGCCAUGUUCAGGAGGAAGGCUUUCUUGCAUUGGUACACGGGUGAGGGAAUGGACGAGAUGGAGUUCACAGAGGCGGAGAGCAAUAUGAAUGACCUCGUGUCCGAGUACCAGCAGUACCAGGAUGCGACCGCAGAUGAAGAAGGGGACUAUGAGGACGAGGGUGAGUACCAACAGGAAGAGGAGUACUAGCAAAUUGCCCUUUGUUAGUAUCAUCUCUACAAAUUCACUUUGUUGUUGUUUGUUUUGUAUUUUCUUCUUAAAUUCUGUUCUCUCUGGGACGAACAACAAUUUCAGAUAUCUAAAUGCACUGAUCCGAUUUGGGUGUAGAGAUAA